GAAUGCAACAGCUAGCCAACGUCCUCCUCCUGCUGGUCGCCGCCUUGUCCCCUGGACCGGCGCUGGCCAACGACGAUGGAUGCAACGAGGUGGUCUGCGGCUCGGUGGUCUCCAAGUGCCUGAUCACCCAGAGCUGCCAGUGCAAGUUGAACGACUGCCACUGCUGCAAGGACUGCCUGAACUGCCUGGGCGAGCUGUACAUCGAGUGCUGUGGCUGCCUGGACAUGUGUCCCAAGCACAAGGAUGUGCUGCCCUCGAUGACGCCGCGCUCGGAGAUUGGCGACAUUGAGGGCUUGCCGGAGCUCUUCGAUACUCUAACGGCCGAGGAUGACGAGGCCUGGUCGACCAUUCGCUUUGCAAUGAGAGCAGGAUUCAAGCAGAGGGUUCAGGGCGGUGGCUCCUCGGGCUCCAGUGAUGCGGCAACCGGAAACGGAAGUGGUGGCUCCGUGCAGUGCACCGUGAUAUAUGUGAACUCGUGCAUCCGAGCGAACAAGUGCCGGCAGCAGUGCGAGAGCAUGGGCGCCAGCAGCUAUCGAUGGUUCCACGACGGCUGCUGCGAGUGCGUCGGCGGGAACUGCCUCAACUACGGGAUCAACGAGAGUCGCUGCCGGGGCUGUCCGGAGGAUCAGGACCAGCUGCUGACCGCCGAGGCCGCUGUGCCGGCGGAGGCCGAACAGGAUCUGGAGCGCUUCUUCGGCAACGAGGAGAUGGAGGACGAAGGCUGGAGCUACGGCGAGGACGAUGAGUUCUCCUAGCAAGUCCAAUUACUUGGGUUUUAAAUAAAUGCCAUGCUCUUCUCCAACUUGCUCGUUGUAAAUACGCUUGUAAAAUAAGAAUAAUUAAUUUUCAGAUUUAAUAUUCAAAAUUAUUCGUACAAAUGCUCUGAAUCAAAAUUGUUCAAAUAUAUAGUGUAGCCAUGAAGGAACAUGUUUACUUCUAAAAUAAAUAUAAUAAGUAUUUUAUCAACAGUUUUUCUGCGUUAG